AUGUUCAGACCGUCCCUUAGAGCACUAGCGACCCAUGCCAAAAAGCCUCCAACCCCUAGGACGUCGCUGAAGAUUGGCCUCAUUCCGGCUGAUGGGAUUGGAAAGGAGGUCAUUCCGGCUGCGAAGGAGGCUAUCAUUGCCCUUGGAUCUGAUAUCCCGAAGCCCGAGUUCAUUGACCUUGUUGCUGGUUGGGAGUGCUUUACCCGUACAGGAGUAGCCCUUCCGGAAGAGACUCUUGAGUCUUUAAAAGAAGAGUGCGAUUGUGCUCUCUUUGGCUCCGUCAGCUCUCCAUCGAGGAAGGUUGUCGGAUACUCGUCACCCAUCGUCUCGUUGCGCAAGAAGCUUGAUCUAUACGCCAACAUUCGCCCCGUUGUCUCAGUUGCGCCAGAAGUUGGUCAGAAGCCAUCUGUGGACCUGGUUGUCGUCCGGGAGAAUACCGAAUGCUUGUAUGUCAAGCAAGAAAAACUCACCGAUGGAAAGCAUGGCAAGGAGGCUCGGGCAACCCGAGUCAUCACAGAGCAUGCGUCGAGGAAAAUCGGCCUCAUGGCCUUCGAGCUUGCAAAUUCACGGCCGCGCAAGCAUCUCACAAUUAUCCAUAAAUCUAAUGUCCUGUCGAUCACUGACGGCCUCUUCCGAGAAACCGUUCGCGCUGUCCCUUCUCUCCCUUCAAUCUCCGGAAAGUAUGAUGGGGUCACAAUCGCAGAGCAGCUUGUAGACAGCGCUGUGUACCGUUUAUUCCGCGAGCCUGAGAUCUUUGAUGUGAUGGUCGCGCCCAACCUUUACGGCGACAUCCUUUCUGAUGCUGCUGCAGCCCUUGUCGGCUCUCUUGGAUUGAUUCCCUCCAUCAAUGCUGGUGACAAGUUUGUCAUGGGAGAACCUGUCCACGGUUCGGCCCCUGAUAUUGAAAGCAAGGGCAUCGCAAAUCCGUUGGCCUCUAUACGAUCAGCUGCCCUAAUGCUCCGCCACCUCGGGUACACGAAGGGUGCGGACAGAUUGGAUGUUGCCGUUGAUCGGGUCAUUCGUGAGGGCAAGGUUCUAACCCCCGACCUCAAGGGCACCAGCACCACGAAAGAGGUCCUCCACGCCGUCCUUGGCAAGCUCUAA